GUAGCUGUCGAAAUGUAACUAACCGGAUAUUCUUUUUGAUAGUUUACUGUGUCCGUGUAGACGUUGUAAGAACGUCAUGCCUUUUGUGCGGUACGUAGAACCGGGCCGCGUAGGCCUGGUUGCCGAAGGCCCCUUGAAGGGGAAGCUCGUGAGUGUGGUCGAUGUUGUUGAUCAAACCCGCGCUCUCAUCGACGGCCCGGGCAGCGGCGUGUCGAGGCAACAGAUCCGCCUUAACCAACUUCACCUUACAAAGUUCCGUCUUAGCUUCCCUUUCACAGCUCCCACACGUGUUGUGCGGAGAGCGUGGACUGAAGCCAAACUCAACGAGAAAUGGGCAGAGAGUCAGUGGGCACAGAAGCUUGCUAACAAAGAGAAACGGGCACAGAUGACAGACUACGACAGAUUUAAGCUGACAUCAGCUCGUGUGAAGAGGAACCGCUCAAGAUCAGCAGUGUUCAAGAGCUUAAAACUUAAGGCGUCUCGUGCUGGAACAUUCGGCAAAAAGAAGAUCCCCAAGGCGUCGGCAAAGAAGCCCCGCGUAAAGAAACCCGCCAAUAAAAAGCCAGCAAAGAAACUGCUGUAGAUACGAGAAAGAUGACAGGAAUGUGUGCAAGUGUGACAGGAUGUCCUAUACCUUUAUCUGUGAGAAUGCCACUGGUCCAGAAUUGCAAUGGUGUGAAAUAAAUAAGAACAAUCCACUAUAGAAUGUACAUAUGACUUGCUAUGGAACUGUGAUACCAGAGGAAAUUAUUAAGAUCAUGCAAGCAAAGCAAAUCUUGAGUUCUUAAAAAUUAUUGUUUACAGUUCAUAAAUUGCUUUGAACUUAACUUGGAAAUGGUCAGUCAGUAUCAGGCUUUUUGUUAAACUGACACAGACAACCUUCACAGAAUACAUGGCAAUACCAUUGGAGAUGCAACUAUUGAGUCAAGAGAUACCAACACUAAUUGUACUGAAUGCAAACUAUUCUUGCAAGUAACUUCACUAUUUGUAAAAAGGAGACUAGGUGAGUUAGAUGUAACAGUAGAGAAAAUCUGCAUGUCCAGAACAAACAGAUAAAAGGAAUAAUGCACCGUUGAUGCUUCGAAGUCCCUCAACUGUUGAGCAAGAUGAAGUUCUGAUUGUAGCUGAAGGCUGUGGUCUCUGCCUACCUCAGUGAAAAAAGGGCUUGUAGAAUAUGUAUGUAAAGAUGCUUCAGCAGGGGUAGAAUUUGUAAAUAGUAGUCAAGAAAAUGUUAAAAGAGCACGAGAGUGGAG